AUGGCGCCGGACGAUGGGGAUGCCCUGUUGAAAAAAGUACGAGCACAGCACAGAUCAGCAAGUUUUAUUACAGCAUCAGAACUAGUAAACAUCGACGUUGAAGAUGAAUCUCAUCGGAACGAAGAAAGUGAGCUCAAUGAAACGGUGAGAAAGCUGUUCUAUAACGAACUGAUGAUGUUUUCAAUUUUCAUAUAGUCCUGAAUGGGAAUCUUUUGUUUCCAGGAAAUUUUGCACGCUGGAAUAUUGGUCAACGAAGCCAGACUUGGACGAAAUGGUUAUUUUCAGACCUCGCCAAAGGAACUAAGGUUCAGUUGUUUUUUGAAAUUCAUAUAAGAGAAUUAAUGACAGUCUUUACGGUUUACAUAUUUCACUGGCAUGUAAGUCUGUAGCCUAAUAUGAUCUCGCAUUAAGUAGUUUUUGCAGGAGAACUGCACAUGUCAUCGGCUUGGCCGUGGGGUCGACCCCGGGCCAACCAGUGUGAUUUUAAUAAACAAAACUAGAGAAACAACCAAUGUUCUUGCAGAACCGGAGAAAUCCCCUCGCUAUUGGACGUUGUGUUCCCUCAGCGCUCUGACUAAUCCAGCUAUGCCUACUGGUCAACCCUGGACAUAGCUACAGUCUUGGACAAAAUAAAUGGAAAAUUUAGACCCCCCUCUCCCAAAUCAAAGAUGGGAAAAUAGUGCGUUUUGCCCUUUGUGUGGCUUGAUUUCUGGGGGAUGGGAGUUUGCUGUUCUUUUUUAUUCUGUCCAAGACAGAUAAUCUUGACACUUUCUGGAGAGAUACAACAGUGUCAGUCUGUCAAUUACUGUAAGAAAAGUUGGACAGUUGACAAUUUAAACUUUAUUAAGUAUAAAAUCUUUCAUUCAGGGAACCUUGUUCCUUGGAAAUGCAAUUGAAAAGUGCUUUCUACUUUCUUUUCCUCAAAAAUAUGAGGAUUAAGCUUAUCAUAGUUAGCAACACUCAUUGGCAAGGAUUAGUUCUUCCUUCACCCCAUCUUCAUUCUGUAAAAGUUGUAUGAGAAUUCUAAUACAUGUAACAUUGUUGUUGUUACUCUUCACCCCCUACCUCCUAUGCCUCACCUUCACCCCUAACCGCUACCCUCACCCCCAUACCCCUUACUCUUUACUCCCUACCCCCUACAACUUACCCCCUCCCCCAGUUUAGACCUGCCGAAAUCAUUGUGCUCAUUCCGAAGACCCCAUAGUGCAACUCAUUGGAUUUUGUGGAUAUGAUGCACUCAAUAAUGAUACGCGACGAUUAACAAAAGGCUGAACAGUACCUUGACCACCCACAAACUCUGCAACACCAAGAAAAAAACGGAAAAAUAGACAUGUAUCAUUUUGUUUGCAUUUCUCAACCGUUGGUCAUGCUUAUGUUUUCUUCACUGGAUUUUUUUGUAGGCUUUACAAGGUGUAUAAUAAGCCAGGUUUUCGUGGUAUUGUGUAUUUCUGUGCAUGGUUACUUCUCUGUUUAGCAUUCUUUGAAGACCCAGCUGUCCCUGGCAUGGGGUUACCAUACUGGGUAAGUCAAGAUAUUAUUAAAUCCUAAAAUAUAGUAGGAAAAAAGCAAAAUAAGGCCAGGAACUUGGUCAAUGACCUUUUUCUCUGCCUGGACAGAGAGAUGGAAAUGAUAAUGAUGACGAUUUAACAAGGAGCUCAAUGAUUGACCAAUGGCAGUCCCCUUAUUGUGGCAACUAAAACAUGAGCAAAAAUGUCAUCAAAUGAGGUCUUUAUAAUAUAUUUUACCUUACUUUUGCAUUUAAUUAAGAAACCACCCGGGAGGUUUCCAUACCCCCUAGAGGAGUAACAACCUUCUCUCUCAAACGUGUUAUAGUAACUUUGUCUCUUGUUUUGUUAUAUAUUCAGAGUAACUGCCUAUAAUCUUUAAAAUAUUAAUUCCAGUGUAUCUUUAUUAUUUAUAGGCUACAAUGCUGCUGGAAUGUUUUUGCUUGUUUGUUUUCAUUCUACGUCUUUUCCAUGUCUGGUGUUUUGCUGCUGGUGUAAAAUUCUGGAGAGACAAGAAGAAUGUUAUUUUUUUAUCCAUCAUUGUGGUAAGAUUCUUACUGACCAAAAAGAAAACUUAUUUCAGAUAGUGCAUUGAUAAAGGGAUUGUAUGUGAUCCAGGUAACAAACAUGCAAAGUAAUGUCAAAUGGUAUUUUUAAACAAAAGAAAAUUAUUGACUUAGUGGCACGGGUAGACACCAAUACAAUAGCAACCACACCAAUCAUUUGAAGUAGAUUUCUUCAUCGUUUAAAUUUUUGUAGUAAGUGUUAUGGUACUGUUAGUUAUAUAGCAUAGAGGAGCCAUUUUUCAUGAAUUUAUGCCAAUAAACCAUUUAUUGGCUUUAUUAUAAUUAUUUAUUAUUAUUAUGUUAUAAAGAUAAAAAAAGGAUAUAAGAUGUUCUUUCUUAAUUGAUUUGGUAAUGAGCCUGGGUUGUGUGAGCUGUUAAGAAAUUUCUCUUUGCCGGUGUUAAAAAACAUAGGUGUCAAAGUGCAGUGAAUGAGUGUCGUGAAUAUUUUUUAGCGUGAGAAUUAAGAGAAAUUUCAUAUCUCCAAGUGGCCAUGUAAUUUUCUGUUUAUUAUAUAAAUACCAAUGAAAUACCAAACCAUUUCACUUAAGAUUUUUUUGAAGACUGUGAAAGUUGCCAUUUAUUAUGUAGCCUAGCAAUGGCAAUCUUUUCAUGUGUGAGAUAACAAGUUAUUUUUACGCAUGAAGAAAUCGGCUUCUUUCUGACACUAUUUUUUUCUUUCAGCUCACAUUUCUUGACAUGAUUAUGUACAUCAUCUUCAAAGAGGCUGAACUCCCAGUUCACGCUGUAAGAUGGACUCGUGUGUUUCGUCCUCUUUUUCUUGUCAAUAUCAGCAAGGGGAGACAGGUGAAGAUUGUUAUAGCCUCUUCCAGGCAUUCAGAUAAUAGGUGGUGGUGGAAAGAAAGCAAGGAAAAAUAGAGAGGGACUGGGGAGAGUGGCAAGGGAACUCUCAACCUUUCCCCCAUUUUCAUUUUUUCAUGCCCCUUCUACUUUUUGCUGCUCCUUUCCUAUAGUGUAUAUAGUACUAAUAUUAAAUUUAUAUUGAUAGAGAUUCAGGUAAGAAAAAAGAUAGGUCAUCACUUCAAAUGGUUAGGCUUUCCAUGUUGAAAAUAUAAUAAUAUUAAAAAUAUACCUUUUUAUUUCAUAUUUUUAAAAAUAAGUACAGUCAACUCUCUCUAAGACGGAUACCUUUGGAACCAGCACUAAGUGUCCAUCUUAGAGAGGUGUCCGUCUUAUAGAAAGUCAAAUAAAAGGAGAAAAGAAAGGCAGGGACCAACUCUAAGUGUCCGUUUUACAGAGGUGUCCAUCUUAUAAAGGUGUCCAUUAAGAGAGAGUUGACUGUACAUGACUGUCUUCUGAUGUUCUUGAUCUCUUUCAGAUUAGAAGAGCUUUUAGAAACAUUAGGAAAACACUUCCAGAGAUUGCAAAUGUUCUUAUUUUGUUACUUCUUAUGAUUGCAUUGUUUACUUUGCUGGGAUGUAAGCUGUUUGGCAAAAGGUAUUUCAAAUCAUAGCGUUUUAUAUCUGUCAGCUGUUAUGAUUUGUAUGGAGUUGGUUUUUUGUGAGAGAUACAACUAGGCUCUAAUUGGGCAACAUUUGAGAUAAUUUCUAAACAAAUUGUUUUACUUAGAAUGAUAGAUGUGUCCUUUCCCUCCAUUUGUAUUAUUUCUCUUAAAUGAUAAUAAUAAUAAUAAUAUUUAAAGUAAAAAAGUCUUCUUUUAAGAGGAGACCUCCAUCACUUAAAGUGGUUUUCAUGAGGGUCCUCUCAAAGAAAGUACAGAAACAAAUAACUGAAAAAUCCUCUAGGAUAAAGUCUAAAAACAGUGAGUAGCAUAAAAAUUAAAAACUAUGAUAAAAAUAUAAACAAUUAACCUGAGACAAAUCACAUAAAAACUUAUUCAAAUUCCUUUUAAAAAUCGUGUCACACAUUGGCCUUUUUAGUUCAUUUGCAAGAAGGCCCAAUCGUUUUUCACACCUGGGUUCUUUUAUUUUUGCCUUUGAAUUUGUUUGUUUGUGUUUUUGGUUUGUUGUAGAAAUCUUAAAGACAUCCAUGGAAAGCCAUACUUCACAAACUACUUAGAUGUCUUUUUUUUGUUGUAUGUUCUGACAACUACAGCCAACAACCCAGAUGUUAUGUAAGUUUGAAAUAUUACUUACUAGUCACUUGUAAGUAGAGAAAUAGGCAUGGAAAAAGGCGAGGGGUGGGAAGGGUGAGGUUGGAAAGAGGGGUGGGAUGGGAGGGGUGUGGUAUUUUAAUCCAUUUGCUUUGUUUACGUUCUGUACACGCAUCAAAAUGUUUUGCCAAAGAACGAGACCACUUUUAGUUCAAAAUCAUUCAACUAUGUCGCAAAACAGUGCAACGUGAAACCAAAAUUUAUAACGCACCUUUUUCCAUGCUAAUGUAAUCAAAAGCGCAUAACAUACUGUAGUUAUACGUUUACCACCCUUUUAUUUCAACACAAAUCUUCAUAGUAAAACUUGAGCACUGGAGGGCAGCCUGAGUGGUUAGCGGUUUCUUUUCCGAGAGGGAAAAAAAAAUCCGUGAAAAGACGCCAACACAUGGGGACAAGUGUCAAGGUGUUUUCUCCCCAUUCUCCUCGCGCUUUUCCGCUCAUAUGCGCACUCGGCAAUCAAAACGCCAUCUACGUAGGUGUCUACUUUCAGGUUACUGAGUAAAAUGUACUGUUCCAAACUCAUAAGCAAUGAAUUUGGAACGUGGUGUCCAGACGUUUGACAGGUGAAACAGGCCUAUAAAGUUGCUACAUUUUGAAAUGCGAAUUAUAGGAGAGAGAUCAAGUUUUCAUAAUAUUUAAGGCAAAAAAUAUCAAACCGGUCAUAAGAAAAGUCCAGUGAAAAUAACUUCGUUAUUUAUUUAUUUGAACAGGAUGCCUGCAUAUGACAACAAUCCCUGGUCCAGUUUGUUUUUUGUCAUUUUCAUCAUUGUCUGCAUGUACAUAUUUGUCAGCAUCUUUCUGGCUGUUGUGUACAAGAACUACCGCAAGCAUUUAAAGGUAGAUUGCCGUUAUUUUUUCUAAAUAUUGUCUACUUUGCAGUUAUGGUGGGGUAUUAUUUUCUUCCCUUCCACGCAUUUAUUUCUUCAGUCCUUUUCAUUUCUUCGUUUAGACUGUAAAAUACCCUACUGCCAUUUCGGUUGCGGUACCAAAGAAUAGGGAAGGCAGCGAAAACGUCAGUAUUAAAAGCCUUUGCGUUAUUUCAAAGUUUGUCGCGAUUAUUUCAGCUUUCUUGAAAUGCCAAAUGUACUACAGGUAAAUUUCACUGAAAUUGAGCUCUUGAGGACCGAACCUAAGUUUAGAAGGAGAGAGAAAAACUCGUGAUGGUGUAGACUGGGAGCAGUCUCUCUUUUUCUUCAGAUUUAGUGAGGGGAGUGCACGCACUCUCACGUCUCGCGCCUUCAGUCACGCACUUGGUCAUUUGCGCGUGUCGCUACACGGACUUAGAAAAAAAAGAGAUUGCUCGUAGUCUAGUGGUGGUGUGUUUAUGUCCUUCUGCUCCAUAAAACGUCCCGUGAGGGAGUUUCACAUUGUAGUCAUGGAGUGACGGCAAAGAACUGUAUUAAAAAAAGUGUGCUGCACGUGCAGUGAUAUUGUUUUGCUUGUUAAACCUAUAUAUUGCGUUUUUGAAGCUUUUUGACGUCCUCAUUGCUGUCACCGUCGUCGUUGCUAGAGCUCCCUGUUGACUACGUAGACGGAUCCACGGGGCGGAUCCACGUAUUUUUGUUCGGGAGGUUCCAACUUGUGCACCCAAGUUAUGUCAACAUAACUUGGUUCUUCCACGCCGUUACAUAUACUACGUGGACCCGUGCUAUAAUCAUGCGCCCACUACAUGUGGCAUUCUACAAUCGUCCCUUGUGUUAAGCGAUAGAAUAACUUUGUCCAGAUUUAAUCAAAUCGAUCAAAACCCCGGCGUAGUUUUUAAGGUAGAAGAUGAAAGUUUAAAGUGACGUCUCAGGAGAUAUUUCGGUAGUUAGCUACGAAUUCAAGGUUUUGACGAAUAUAUUCAACUCUUUUCCAAGGAGAGAAUCUUAGGAACGAGGUUGGCAAAUAUUUAGGGGGCUCCGCAUCCCCUUCAACCCUCCCCCUGGAUCCGCCCUAGUGCUAUACGGGGAAAAAUAUAUUCGGCACCCGCGAUUUAGGACUAGAAGGCAUCUUAGAACCAAGGUGCUAGUUUAUACUUGGUAAACGGUGAAUCAAACCUUCAGCGCGACAUGUUUUAAGAACGAAAAAUGUGCAUAUGCUAGAUGGUAGCCUGUUCCACAAGAACAGGUGGUGGAGAGCGGAAAAAAGGCUACAAGCGGAGCCAAAGUGCAAGAAAUGUUUAUUUCAUGGCAUGAGGCACUGGUUGCAUUUACCUCCCCGCUGCGAUUUUUCUAGGCCAGUUUUCCUCUGUUACAUGCAUGUCAGUAAUCCCCGGCCAAUUUUAUGGACGGUUUGCGUUGAGAGUGUUAAACCCCUAAGUUAUCUCGCUAGUUUCUUUUUGACAUAAUUAUCUGAAAGUAUACUGCAAAACAGUUGUGCCUGUCUUUGUUGGGGCCGUAUGAAUGACAACCGCCCUUUGGUUAAGGAUUUUGUUCCUCGUAUGCAUUACCCGAGAGAACCUCCGUCUUCGUCUGUCCAUAGGUAAACGAGAAACCGGCGUUUUCAAAAAUUUUUCACUUUGGAGAGAAAAGAUGUGUUUUUGGUGACCAUUUUUACCGGAUACAUGUGGACGGUAGACCAAACCGGAGAAAACAUUUCCGAGUUAAAUAAAAACUGAUACGCCCGGCGUGAGGACUGAGCCUCAGUUUCAUUGGGAAAAAAGAAUGCUGGCUGCACUAGUGACCAGAAGGUCAUUGGCUCAUUUCUUCUUGGGAGAACUUGGAUUUUUUUGUCAAUCGCCCGCUUCACUGACUAAAGCCGCUUUACGUUUGUUCUUAAUUUUCUAAUUCUUAUCUCUUUAGAAUGAAAUUCGGGCAUCAGUUUAUCGUAAACGCAGACAGCUCAAGCAGGCAUAUGAUGUGUUAAAAGUCUGGUGUGAUGAGAAAUGGGUGAUCACAGAGCAGAGAUGGCGAACACUCAUGCAAGAGGCUUGUCCGCAAUGGAGUCCUGCAAGAGUAGCCUUGUUAUGGCAAGUCCUUGACGACAAUAACGAUGGCAAGAUAGGUAUGCUGGAGAUCAACUUUCCCUUGCAUUGCCAGUUGGCUUUACCAAAAGCCAACCUCGUUCCCAGAGCCUCACUGGAUGGGAGGAAGAGAGACGCUGGGAACUGGUUAUUAAGGAGCGAUGUCUGUGGACUUCCUACAUGUAUUUGUAUAGAGUGUUUUCAAUCACGUGGCCAGCAUCUUUGCAAAUUUUUUUGGAACAAAAGAAAGCGUUUGCUUAAGAAAAGCGUCUCCCACAGGAUUUGUUUGGAACACCAACAUAGCCGCGUGUCAUUGUUUUGGAACACCAAUAUGGUGGCCGUGACAUCAUGUGAAAACGCUAUAUAUUCAUUGUAAACAGUAGAUUGAUUUAGUAUCACGCCUUGGGCAAACGUCAUAUUUUUUUAACGUUUAUCGUUUGCGCUAACAUGUUUCUAAAUCUCUCCUUGUGCACAAAUGUGGCAAGGAGAAAGAAGUGGCGGCGAGUGAACCACUGAAUGACGUUCUUACCACAUUUUGACACCUUCUGUGAUCUGUUUUUUUUUUACAAUAUCAGAAACGAAAGAAAAAAAGAAAUACCUUUCAAGUUGAUGCUUGACUGUUCCCAAAUGUGUUUGAAAUUUCGGCUUUUUUGUCGUCCAAAAAACACUUUUUGGUUCGGCUUUUGUUCUUUUUCUUACUUUUGAAAAAUUAUUCCUGAAUUAUCGCCAGUCCUUUGCUUACAAAUUCAAAUAUAUGAUAAAACAAUUAUUUUUCCAAUUCUCGUUUUAUAGGUAAAAAGGAUUUCCUUAUGGCGGCUGAUGUUAUGAAUGUUAAAGUCAUUGAAGUCAAAGAUCAAGUCACCCUACUGGAGAGGGUCAUUCCAAAAAUCUAUAAUUCCCGUGUCAGUGCGAAGAUUCGCGUUUGUGUUUGCCACAAGUAAGUUGAAAACGAUUGUACCGAACUGAAAUGACCUAUUACCUGGGUCUUUCAUUUCCUGUUAGUUCUAAGCAUGUGUUACGGCGUUUUCAAAUGCCGGGUUAUUUGUAAACAUGUCAGUAGUCGAAGCUCCAUAAAGGUGAUAUGUUACACGGGACGAUUCGCAACGACGAUUUUUAGUGCAUUACAGCGUUGCAAUGUUGGAACAAUGUUGUAACUAUUCGAAACAAAGUUGCAACAAUCUUGCAACGCUUUGUUGAGCUAAAAUAGUCGUUGCGAAUCGUCUCCAGCCUGCGUAGCAAGCAUUUCCGUUUGGUUUGGGAGCAAAGAAAAACCGAGGUCGAAGAACGGGGAUUCUCGGCUUUGGCCGAGCGAGAAAUGAAACAAGAGCCAAAAAAUUGUUCGCGCGGUCUUUGACUCUCGUUCUUCGUUCUUUGCUCCUAAACCGCACAGAAACGCUUGCUACGCAGGCUAAAUCGUCUCGUGUAACGUCACCUUUGCUUCACGGUGCCCGUAAUAGGGAGCUUAAGCAACCACGGGGGUGACCGCGGCAGGGAAACCGUCACUCAGAAAGUGCAUUCGCGCUGUUUUAAACGUCAUCGCUUUUAUUCCAUUUAGUUCAUUUUGUCAAAUGUUGGCGAAUUUUUUGGACUUAAAUUUUAGUUAAGGAAAAGAAAAAGAAGAUCGUUAUCUUGUGUUCACGUACGCCAUAAAACUGCGUGAAAUUAGAAAAUUUUUGCUCGUUGUCGUGCAACGGUAGCAAAAAAUUUGCAAUUCCAACGGUUGUUAUUUUGCUAAUCUAAGCCUGUUGCUAUUUUGCUGUUCUCGUUGCCGUCGCCUUGGUGUAUCAAAACAAUGGAACAGUGGCCAUGUUGGUGUACCAAGCCAAUACUGAACCCGAGUAAUCACGCCAGAAGGUACCGGUGCCUGAGCACAAGGUUGAGAUCUUGUACUUGGGCAGUAAAGUGCAGGGGCGUAGCCAGGCGAUAGACCUGUAGGCCCGGGCCUACAAAUUUUUGGUUUGAUCACUUUGCCGCUUGCAAUAAAUUAUGUGUUGUUGGGGUGAGCUAAAAAGCUUAAGAGUUCAAAGUGUUGGUGAGGUCAGUGCGUACAAGUCAUGCAUGCAAUUUUCAGGAUAUGUGGAAGUGAAAGUCAACCAGGCCUACAAAUAGUCGAAAAGCAGGCUACGCCCCUCGCCCUGAUGUGGGCUCUAGGGCACUGGGUACCUGUGUGCACAUGUUUGGUAUCCCAGUGCUGUGCAUACCACACCCAUGACUCCCUGCUACGAUCAGUUUUCAAUGUGGCGUCUGUCAGGGCGAAAUGAAGAGGAUAUGUUCACAGUUACAUAUCGGGUUUCUGAGGUGUGGACACAACACUGUUUUGCGCUGGUACUAAGGUGCUAUUGCUAGUGAAUCAAGUGUGAACAGCCUCUUUAAUCAUCUCAACCUCUUCCUUAUAGCGCGGUUGCAUGAACACCCAUGCCUUAUUAGUGCAUACCUCUGAACUGUUUCCGCAAAUUUAAGGUGUUGCAUAACAAGACUGGUAGAUUAUGCAAAAAAUUAAAUAAGGUACUGAACACUCAACGUGAUCAGUGCGUUAUCUGAUUAAAAUGUUGACAGGUAUACAAUGUAGAUGUUGAUGUGGUUUUUCAUUUCUUUCUUUUUGCUCAGGUAUUUUGUGUAUUUUUUUGACUUAGUAAUCUUUGCCAAUGCCAUUUUCAUCGCGCUGGAGCGAAACGAUGCGGAAGUUCUGUUCCUGGUUCUAUUCAAUAUAGAACAAGACGCUACGGAGCGUACACUUCGGCGUCGUGGUUGUGAAACUAAUUAAUUGUAAAUGCGCAGGAAUAGUAAGAAAUCAAAUAUGGUAAGAGGAAGGUGUUAAUUUGUGAAAUUAUGGGAUUUGUCAGGAUAUUCUGAAAAGAGCAACAUCCAAGAGGCCUAUUUGCCAAAAACUAGCAUUUCGGGACGAAUUGUCUCCGAGAUAUUAGCCCAGCUAUACUCUGAUGACUCCAUACAAAUCCUUCUAAAAAAACAAUUCUCUAUUUUUCUUAGUCACAUCAGGCUUCAAAAACAGCAUAGCAGUCUCAUGUACUGAUUAAAGAUAUGUAAGGCAUGGGUAAGGAGUCAAUUACGUUGAGCAUGGAAUUGGCUAAAACUCAGAGUCACGAGUUCGAAUGUUUUGAGGAUAAUUAUUCACUGACUAUCAGCACGCACGGAUGUCGGAUUAACACAAGGAAGUUUAAUACGAAAGGAACAUAGCCUUUACAGAGCUUUAAAACGCAGCAUCCACCAACACAAACUUGACUUGAACUUUGAGUAAAACUAAACAGCCUCUACCAAUAAUAACAAACUCUCACUUGAACUUCAGAUAUCUUACGGCUUCCGCGAACUUGUAAACACAAUACCUGAAAAUCGACCUUCGUCACACUUGACUAAACACAGCAGUCCAGCUCGUGGGAAAAAACUUAGUUCUUCAAAAGAACUCGCUUGGAACUUGUAUACCGUUUGACAUAAGGUUCUAGAAAAUACUAAACAGCAGGCGAAUAGUCGUAGCUUUUCGACAUAUUUUAUGAUUUCAGUAACUGAUGCAAAUCUGCUGACUCAUGCUGAAAUCUAAACGUGCCCUAAUUAAUUAUUCAUGGAUAAUCCAAAAACGAGAAAGUCACGCAACGCAUGAAAGCAAUUUUACUACGUAACACUCAACAAAGACAAAAUGUCUUUUUGCAGCAUUUUGUAACUUUAAAUUCAUCAUAAAACAGUUAGAAAGGAGGGCUCACUCGUGAAAUGUUUUUCAACACUCGAAGAGAAAUUUUGCGUCUCUGCGCGGCCAUGAAAUAUCCUCUAUUUAUUCCUCGAGUAAUUAAAGACUAAACUCGAAGUGAUCUCAAGAUAUCACGAAGUAGUCCGGUCUCAUUUCGUGAAAUAGUUGAAACAAGCCGAAAAGUCACGAACUUGCACGCCCAAUCUUGUCCCGAAACUAGUGCAUCAUUUCAUAACUAUUUUUCAUAUCCCAAAUUACCUUGGGUCGCAGUAGCGCAAUCGGCUAAUCCCUCUGACUUAGGAUCUCCUCUGAUCUGACGGGUCACACAGGUGAGUCGGUUCAAACCCCGGGAAAGCCAAAAUAAUAAUUCUUUCUUCCUCGAAAAAGUUAAAGAAUAAAUAAAAAAAAUCGAAGGGAUCUCGAGAUAUCUCGAAUUAAUUCGGCUGUCACUUCGUCAAAAAGCCGAAUAAAACCGAAAACCUACAGACUUUGCAUGCCCAAUCUUGUCAAAAAAUUGUAACUUUGAUACAUUCCUGAGCGUCGCGAAACCUUUACUUCGCGCUCCGCCGAAGUAAAUAUUACUUAAGCUGUAUACUUAUGGCUUCAAGGAAUUCUUCUCUCGAUACUGGAACAUGUUAGUAUUCACUCACUUUUAAUCUGUUGUUUCAACUGAAUCUCCUGUGCUCAAAGUUACUAGUUUGUACUUUGUUUUUUCAGACUUCUCUUAGUCUCCUGGCCAGCAAAAUACACUUUAUCCUUUCCUUUAAUGGUCAAUAGAAAUUUUUAGAGUAGCGCUUUACGGCACUGGAACUGGGCAAAUGUGAAUUUAUACCACGUGACCAAGUUUUCCCUUACAUGUAACUUGUUCUUCUUGUGCUUUCCUGUUCAUUACUUCUACCCCCAAAUUAGUACCUUCACGUUAGUUUUGUCUUCAAAGUCUUUAACAAUUGUUUUGGACUGUUUUUGGCUGCACGUUUUCUAUUGAGAAAUUCUCAACUUGAAUCUGACGUUUGCUGUCUGCCGUAAACGUCACUCUAGAGUGACAGACACUUGAAAUAUAAUUAGCGAUUUUAUCUCCAUUUUAAUAAGUUAUUUAACGACUGUUCUAUAUUUUGUUCUUUCAGAUUUGA